AUGAAACAACCAAACAUCAUUCGGGAUGAUCAAGUGGGCCAAACACAGAACAUACUGAAAAAUAACAUGAUGGAAAAGGCACAAUUUCCGUUCCGAGGAGGAGGAGAGGUUUCAUCUUCAAUCUCCACCACGCAACAACUACAUUCUUCAAUCAUGUUUUUAAAUAUUACCGAACCCGCUGUUGCUUUUUAUGAAUAUAGUGAAGAACCUCAAGAGCCGACCCAAAGUCAAUACGAAUUGAUCACGUAUAGUGUAGACAUGGCACAACACAAAGACGAAAGCGUGAAAAUGAUGGGAUCUAUUGUUCAAGUACUGACAUUUGUCAAUUCGGAUUCGAUUUUCUUAAUUACCGAUUGUGGCAUGUUGUAUCGAGCGAGUUGUAAGCGAGAACCAAACACAUCACUUUCUCAUGAAAACAGGUUUUCUUUGGUUCCUCCAUUCGAUGGCUCUACACAAUGGAAGGCGUUACAAAUGCAUUGCUAUUCAGAGGCCAUGUUGAUCAUAGCUGUCAAUUCAAUCAAUGACAAUUAUUGCUUGUUUGGUAUCGGAAGUAAUGGUUACUAUCGAAUGACCAAGCUUCAAAAUGAAGACUUUGGUUGUAGCGAACCGCAAAUUGUGUUUGACACAAAUGCACAUCUUCUAAAUGCCAUCGACCAUAUUUCAGGAAAGCCACCUCGAAUUAAUCAUGUUGGAUGUUGUUUUUCUUUCAGUUGUUGUAUAGUUGAUGAUUACAAUGUUCACACUACAGGUCAAAAUUGGUAUACUAAUUUUCAUGAACCAUAUCAUUGCUGGAGCUCUGUGACACAAAGAAUGUCAAAGAAAGUUGUGAAAAUGGAUUGUGGAGAUUUUCAUGUGGUGUUGCUCCACGAAGACGCUUCAGUUUCCAUUGGUGGAAGAAACAAUGCCUAUCAAUUCAUUAAGGAUGAACAGUGGAAGCAGGCUGACUUUGUAACAUUGGAUUUGAAUACGUAUGCAUUUACUAAUAUAUUUUGCGGAUCCAAUGCAAUCAUGUGGGUGAGACAGAAAGAUUUCGCGUCAACAUGUCAAGAAUUUUUCAUUACAGGCGAUAAUAAUAGAGCGCAUAAGGUCAUUUAUGAUAAGUCAUCUCUUGGCGGAGCACAGGUUGAAAAAAUGGUUCAUCAAACAAAGGAUGAACUUUUAUUAGAACAAAUCUAUUCUCGUCAAGUAUUUGAUGUUCAGUAUUCGAGAGACUUUUUAAUUCUUCGAUAUUUUGACAUGCCACAUCUUUUAUUUAUUGACGGUACCUCAUACUAUGGAGGCUAUCAAAAACAAACAUGUUGUGUGGACUUGAGAUCAAUCAUGCCAAUAACUUACCAACAUACAAGCGACGAGUUUUUUAGAAAGAUUGUGAGAGUGCAAGUACAAAAUAUGGGAGUUGUUGUUUUUUGUGAUUUGAAAACACACAUCCAAAUGUGUGAACGUUUACUCAAGGCCUUAGAACUUUCAAAUCCAAACAAUCAUUUACUCUAUGACAUUUCCUUCGUUGUUUACUAA